AUGUACUCCGAUAAACGGCUGGAUAAGUCUAGUUUGGCGACGCCAGCAACAAUGAUGCCAACCACUAUUAAUGAUGUGCAUCAUACGCACACAUUAACACAUGUGCAUACACAUCAUCAUCCCUUGCAUCCACACCAUAUACAAACACUACAGCAUUCACAUCCACAUCCGCAUCCGCAUACACCACAUCCGCAUGCCCACGCGCAUCCUCAUCACGUACUGCAACAACAAAUGCAGCAUUUACAACAUCAGCAACAACAUCAACAACAUGCGUCGAUAUCACAUCAAAAUCAACAGAUGCAACAUCAAAUGCCUUUGCAUCCACAACAAUCGCAGCAAACACAACAGCAACAACAGCAUUCACCAACGCAACAACAAACCACACAUCAUCAACAUGUUGCAAAUCAAACAGCAACAUCAGAAGCUGCAGUAACAGCAACAGUAAGAGCAACAGUAACAGCAAUAUCGGGAACAUCACUAACAUCAGCAACAUUUUGUAGGUGCUUGAAUACAAAGGUACGCAGUCAAACUGACGGAGAUUACGAUGUGCAGAUAAAUAUGAGUUUACAAGUUGGUGGUACAGAAAGACCAUUAAAUGUGCGAAUCAAAAAAGAAGAAUAA